AUGGCAGGAGCUCAUUCAGAACGAACCUGGGCAGAGGAGCCGGCAUUGGUGAAAAUCAUCCACUGGUACAAGCUGUUCGACUCCGACACGCCCCCCAGACUCGGCAUUGACAUUGAACGGCGACUGCCAUAUACAGCCCUCUCUGCAUUUUCCGUCGGUCUCGGUGUUGGCUCAAACCAUGGAGCGCGAAAGGCCGCAUACCAGUUCCGAGCGGAAAACGCCCACAGAUUCCCGACUACGUCGACAGGCUGGUUCCAGUACCAUAAGACGAAGAAUUAUAAGUCUAUUGUGGGCGGCGUGUUCGACGGAGCCAAACUGGGCACAAAGCUAGGUCUUGGUGCUAUGGCUUUCUGUCUGUUCGAAGAGACGGUCGAUUGUGCUCGCCAUGAUCGCCGAGACUUUCUCUCGACCGUCAUCGCUGGCCUGUCAUUCUCUGGCAUCUACAGUGUGCUAGCUCGUCAUGAUAUAUACACUGCUGCGCGCACCACGAAACUGGGUCUGAAGCUGAGUCUCGCGUACGGGUUAACCCAAGAUGCUCUCGAGACGAUGAAGGGAAAUCGUCCUGCCUACAUUCAAUAUCUCUUUGGUCCUGGCAAUUCCGAUACACCCAAGUACACUGUGUGA